CAGCUGCUCUCCAUAAUCAAUCCUUCGUUCUAGAAGUUUCAAAAUAAAAAUACACCCAUCCUUUUCCUUCUCUCCCCUCUCCCGUAUUCCACAUCUUUAACACCCAUCAUAACGUUCAAACAUUCAUCAAUCCAUAUUUCAAACCCGAAAAAAUGACUCGUGGCAAUCAGCGUGAAAUGGACCGUGCUAAGGCACAGAAGAAGGCAGCACAGCAAAACAAGAGCAAAAACUCUACUGGCGUCUCCUAUGCUAAGCGUGCAGAGUCUGAUGCCGAGAUUAUGCGAGCAAAACAAGCUGCUAAGGAGGCCCUAAAGGCGGCAGGAGGACCACAGGCUGCAAAGAAAUAACCCUUCCUACACGAUGGCUUCUCCCUUUUUAUUCCCCUCCUAUGCCGCACGUAUGCGGCGCGUCAGCCUUUAAAUUAUUGAGAAUCAUGGAGUCACUUGAAGAGCAAGAAAGAAACCCACAAUUCUAGUACAAAAACAAUAACCAAGCAAGUGGAGACUGCGUACCGAAAGAAGCAUUUAGAUGAUCUUUUUCUUGAGCAUCGAGACAUUUUUUUGUAUGAAUUUUUCCUUGAUUUAAUAUUACCAUGGAAC